AUGGCGAACCUGUCAGGUGCGGUUGGAUUAGUUCUGACCAUCGUAGUAGCCAGUGGGAUUGUGGCCGGUGAGACGUUUCGCUUUCCUGAAUUCGUUGCGAUUGAGGGAACGGAAGUUGGAUCGGUUUGUGGAGGUUGGAUCAUCGAUAACGCUCUCGAUCGGUGGCCGUACUUACUGACGACGGAAAUCUGUAUCAAAAGUCAAAAUCGGCAGUUGAGUCAGCUUCUUGUGCGAUAUGGCAGUGCGGAGGUGACACGACGUACGAACAGUCUCGGAAUCGAUCGCAUGUUGUCGCAUCUACCCGAUGACGAUCGGUUGGUGAUGCUGAGCACGAUCGGAGUGAGAUAUAGUCGACCUGAACCAACACCGGCGUACAAUGGAACCGUCGUGUUGUACUGGCGAAAACAAUUAGGCGAUGGCAACCGGCUGUUAAAAAGUCUCCUAUUAGUACCAGAGGAUCAGCAAUAUGCUCUCGGAGAGCUGCUGACCAACCGAUUACUCUGUGGGGACGCUGUUCCAGACACGCAGUUCCUCUUGGAGGGUGGUGUAGUUCUGCGGAACUCGAACCCGAUCGGUUUGUUGUCGGUGCGUUCGGACAGCUCCUCUACGUGUGGGAACACCCUGGAUGUCCUCGCUGUGGUGGAUGUGCAUAACAAAACGACCUUCACCGAUUGGGCGUUUGAACCCAAACAUGGUGAGUUAGAUGAAGGUGAAGCUAGCUCGUGGUUCAGCGAGCCUAACUCACCCUUCGGGUACAUCGUGUACGUGAUCUUCCUAAGCUACUGCAUACUCUACACUGUGCUGUACUUCAUACUUGCGCUCGGGCGUUCCAAUCCCAGCACGAAUCUGUGA